AUGAAGAUGAUCGGCCGCCCAAGUCAAAUCCUGUCGGCCUCCAAGAGCAUCAAUUGUCUAUUGAAGAAUCCCGCGGUCACCCAAAUCUGCCUCAGAAAUGAAUCUACCAAAAUCCAACCGGCAUCUCAAGACACAAAUAUAGAAGAAAAACCAUAUCGUCCGUACUCACCAUUUCAAAAAACAAACAAUAUGGCUGAAUAUGCUGUUGCUCGAUUGGACGAUGUCUUGAAUUGGGGUCGUAAGCACUCCCUCUGGCCUUUGACUUUUGGAUUGGCAUGUUGUGCUGUUGAAAUGAUGCAUAUAGCUGCUCCUCGAUACGAUAUGGAUCGAUAUGGUGUUGUAUUUCGGGCAUCACCUCGUCAGGCUGAUCUUAUUAUAGUUGCGGGAACACUGACAAACAAAAUGGCACCAGCUUUGAGAAGAGUUUAUGAUCAAAUGCCCGAUCCAAAAUGGGUUAUUUCAAUGGGAAGUUGCGCAAACGGUGGUGGUUACUAUCAUUAUUCAUACUCUGUAGUAAGAGGAUGUGAUAGGGUUAUUCCAGUCGACAUUUAUGUACCAGGUUGUCCACCAACUGCAGAAGCAUUGAUGUAUGGUAUCCUACAAUUGCAGAAAAAAAUUAAAAGAAUGUCACUUGCCCAGAGUUGGUAUAGAAAGUAA